AUGGCCGGCGAGAAGAACUUUGUCUCAACCGACCAAUCACAGUUACCAACAAUACCCGCUUUCGACCCGCCCAAGAAACCGAAAAGAAACAAAUAUGCUCUGGCAUGUUCGUUCCUCGCGUCUAUGACUUCCAUCUUACUCGGAUAUGAUAUAGGAGUAAUGAGUGGGGCCAUAAUCUACAUCCAAAAAUCCAUCCACAUGACCGACGUGCAAAAGGAGGUUAUAAUGGGAAUACUCAACUUGUAUUCAUUAAUCGGCUCAGCCGCCGCCGGCCGGACCUCCGACUGGAUCGGCCGCCGGUACACCAUAAUCUUCGCCGGAGCAAUAUUCUUCGCCGGAGCCCUCCUCAUGGGAUUCGCCACAAAUUACGCCUUUCUCAUGGUCGGCCGGUUCGUGGCCGGAAUCGGAGUCGGAUAUGCUCUCAUGAUUGCGCCGGUAUAUACUGCUGAGGUGGCACCGGCGUCGUCCCGCGGCUUCCUCACUUCUUUCCCUGAGGUGUUCAUUAAUUUCGGUAUCUUGCUCGGUUACGUCUCCAACUUCGCCUUCUCAAAGCUCCCCACCCACCUCGGAUGGCGCUUCAUGCUCGGCAUUGGGGCCGUCCCCUCCGUCCUCAUCGCCGCCUCCGUCCUCGCCAUGCCGGAGUCCCCCCGAUGGCUCGUCCUCCAAGGUCGCCUCGGUGACGCCCGCCGCGUCCUCGACAAGACCUCCGACUCCCUCGAGGAGUCCCGCCUCCGCCUCGCCGAUAUCAAGGAGGCUGCAGGCAUCCCUGCAGCCUGCACCGACGACGUCGUCCCCAUCCCCAAUUGCGACAACCACGGCGGGGGCGUCUGGCGUGACCUUCUCAUUCGCCCGACCCCCGCCGUCCGCCACAUCCUCCUUUGCGGCAUCGGCAUCCACUUUUUCCAGCAGGCCUCCGGCAUCGACACCGUCGUCCUCUAUAGCCCUGAGAUCUUCAAGCGCGCCGGCGUCACUCAGGACAGAGACCAACUCCUCGCCACCAUGGCCGUCGGCUUCGUCAAGACCAUCUUCAUCCUCGUCGCCACAUUCUUGCUCGACAAGAUCGGGCGUCGACCCUUGCUUUUAUCCAGCGUCAGGCAACAUGUCAAAAUCGAGAAAUCACCAUCUUCUGUACUGUCCUUCAUUCUCCCCUCUGCUAGUCUCGACUGGAUCAGGACAAAAUCACGGGGAAAUGAGGUUAAUAACGAGCCGAAAUUUUCUGAUUCAAGCUCGUUUAAGUGGAAAAGUAAAUCCUUUUCAUGGAAAAAUAAACCAUUGGAGAAAGAAUGCCAUUUAGAAACUACCGAACCAGGGUCCGGGACGAGCAGUAGUAGCGGCUCGGAUGUAUUUGAAGAUGCUGUUGCCCCACAUUCUUUCGAGAAACCCCUUCCGAGCUUUCUGAAAGAUUCUCUUUUUAUUUCUCAAGAUUUGUUCGAAUUUUUCGAGGCCUCUCUUCCUAAUAUAGUGAAGGGUUGUCGGUGGGUUCUGAUGUACAGUACUGUAAGAGAUGGCAUAUCACUUCACACGCUUGUCCGGAAGAGCACAUGCCUUAAUGGUCCUUGCCUAUUGAUAACUGGAGAUAAACAAGGUGCUGUAUUUGGUGGAUUACUUGACUGCCCCUUGAAGCCUACUUCGAAAAGGAGAUAUCAAGGGACAAAUCAGAGCUUCGUUUUUACAACCUUGUAUGGCGAACCGAGGCUUUUUAGACCAACUGGUACGAACAGAUACUUCUAUCUGUGCUUAAAUGAGUUGAUUGCACUUGGGGGUGGUGCAAAUUUCGCGUUAUCCUUGAGUGAAGAUUUAUUAUCUGGAACAAGUGGCCCUUGUGAGACAUUUGGCAACUUAUGCUUAGCUCAUAAUCAUGAGUUUGAACUAAAGAAUGUAGAGCUUUGGGGUUUUACACACGCCUCUCAAUACCUGCAGUGA